UGCUCGUUUUUCUGGAAUCUUCUCCCUAUUACAACACAAACCGCCCACUCAAAAGAAACACUGCUCAGAGAGAUCUAAUUCAAUAGCGAAGAUGCAGAUUCUGAUUCUCUGCCUCUCAAUCAUUCUAACGGCAGCUCAGGGUGUUCACCAGAACACAACUUUCGUCUUCAACCACUUCAACACCACAACCACAAUCAAAUAUGUUGCGGCUGCCUCCAUACAAUCCAACGCAAUCCGCCUCACAAAUCACUCCGAACGCGUCAUUGGCCGUGCCUAUUUGGACAAGGCCAUCCCCAUGAAAAGAAACGGCUCUGUAAUCUCAUUCAGCACAAGCUUUAUAUUUGCCAUUGUCCGACAUGCCCGCUCGGGCUGGGCCGACGGGCUUUGCUUCGUCAUGACGCCCACCACCGCUCUCGACGGUGCUUUCGCCACACAGUACCUGGGCCUCCUCAACAUAUCCAGCGAUGGUAAAGACUACAACCAUCUUUUUGCUGUAGAAUUCGACACAAGUCAGAGCAUUGGCGUAGAUAAUAAGGACGGCAACCAUGUGGGAAUCGAUCUCAACGGCGUCAAAUCGUUGUUGGCUGAACCUGCUGGUUAUUGGGAAGGGAACAGUUUGACGCCCAUUAAUCUGAAGAGCGGGCAUAAUAUAAGGGCCUGGAUCGACUAUGACGGCGCUUCUAAACAGCUGGACAUAAGUCUUGCAGCAAUUGGAGAGGCGAAGCCGCAGAAAGCCCUGGUGUCGAAGAAAGAUUUGGAUUUGGACGGUAUUAUAGAAGAGUACAUGUACGUUGGGUUUUCUGCGUCUACAGGUAGUUCUCCUCUAGUUGAGGACCAUUACAUUCUAGCAUGGAGCUUCACAACUGGUAGUGAUAAGGCUCCAGAUCUAGACAUUUUGAAUCUUCCUUCCUUUUAUGUCAAAAUCCCCAAGUUCCACAAUUCUAAUCCUCCUGAACAAUGUAUUUGCCACUCUGUUUUACCGCAGGGUUUCAGGGACGACAAUCUUCUGGGCUAUGGGGGCUUUGGACAGGUAUACAGGGGCACUCUGCCUUCCGGCGAAGAAAUCGCCGUGAAAUGCAUCACAAAAGAUUUAGCAGAAGGAAUGGAGGAAUUCAUGGCAGAAAUUUCCAGCCUUGGGAGGCUGCAGCACCAGAAUCUGGUGCCCCUCGGGGGUUGGUGCAGAAAAAAUGAGCGCAUCUUCAUCAUCUAUGAUUACAUGUCCAACGGAAGCCUUCAAAGAAAUUUGUACAGUCCAGAAUUGAAUCUUACUUGGCGUCACAGACACAAAAUUCUUACGGAUGUAGCCAGCGGCCUGCUUUACUUACACGAGCAGUGGGAUAAAAAAGUGGUGCACAGGGACAUUAAACCCAGCAAUAUAUUAUUGGACUAUGAUCUGAACGGCCGGGUGGGGGAUUUUGGCUUGGCAAGGUUAUAUGAUCACAGCCAAAGACCCCAAACUACUCAUGUGGUGGGCACUCUGGGGUACAUUGCACCUGAGCUUAUACAUUCUGGUAAGGCUUCUCCUUCAACAGAUGUUUUCAGCUUUGGGGCUCUUAUGCUGGAGGUUGCCUGCGGAAGGAAACCUGUAGAUCCCGAAGGUGUGAUUUUGGUUGAGUGGGUUUGGGAUCUGUAUGCAAAUGAGAGGUUACUGGAUGCUAUUGAUCAGAGGCUUGGGAAGAAUUACGAUAAAGGUGAGGCUGAGAUUGUGCUUGUGGUGGGGCUCAUUUGUUCAAACCCCGAUCCACAGAAGAGGCUUGGUAUGAGGAAAGUGUUGCAGAUACUUUGCGGUGAGGCUGCUUUACCUAUGGGUCUUCAUGUACCUUCAGCUUUUUAA